CCGGAGGGGAGGGGAGCUCUGGGAAGCCGAGUUUCACGGACGUACCUAGUCAUGAGAGUUGUGAGUUGUGGGUUGUGAUCCUCGAUUGGGGGGAUUAAGGGGGGGCUUGCUUGCUUGCCGCGCUCGGCUGGGAGGCUGAGCUUAAAAUAAAGUUUGGGGCCCUUUGGCAAGCAAGCCUAAGCGAGCAACACCUCACGGACAAUUGACGACACCAUUCACUGUCGGGAGCAUCACCAGAGGACUCACCUGGCCCUCAUGCUGUCCAGACCCAUCCCCACCCCGAAACCACUCAGAGCUGUCACCGCCGAUCACAUGACACCGCGAGUGUUGCCAUAGCGACAUUGGGCAACGCAUUAUGACGGAAGUUGCGUCCCCUGAUUCCACGAUCGCGAAUUCAGACCACCCUUCAUCUCCAGCGCGUGCAGAUCCUAGAACUUCAUUGCAGCACGUUCUCGACAACCCAAGAGAUACACCGCCCGCCCCGCGACGGAACAACGACAUGACGGAAGACGAGGAUGUUCGGACGCCCGGAGAAGCUGUGCGCGAACCUCCUUCCAAACCAGCGACCAGCACAUCCCGCAAGCGCAAGGAACCCCCGCCGGGCAGCGCGCAGAACAAUUCAAUGUACAGCGGCAACAAGGUAAAGCAUCUUAAGAAGGACGACGGAGAGCCGCUCUGGCGGAAGGACAUCCAAUAUGAGUUUCUCAAGGCCGUGUUUGAGGACGACAAGGCUGUCUUCACAAACAGCUAUGAGCCGGAUCAGAUCGCCAAGCAGACCUUUGCUAAUCUCUAUAUCGACACGAUGGCCAGGAGUAGCAAGACGAGCAAGAUCUUGAGAGACAAGCUGCUGACUGAGCACGAACCUGCGAAGAAUAUGGCGAUGGUGUGCUUGCUCGUCAAUCUCGGUCGCAUGAACACGACGCUCAAUUUCUUCCCGGAGAUGCGAGCCCAGCUUCGAACAUACCAUGCCAUCCCCUCCUUACAAGCUCAUCAAGACCCCAAUUCCUACAAGCAGCUCCAGGAUGCGCCGCGACUCAAAUCGAUUCUCAAGGGAGCAUCGGAGGACCGCCCGGAACCAAACACACUAGAAAAGAUCAAGGUCAAGGAUGUUCCUCGAACCAAUCCUGUAAAUCUGAUAUUCGUCCUGGCACAAUUCGCCCCGAAAGUUACUGAGCUGCAUUUCCCCCCCAACAAGGACUUCUACGACCUGAUCAUGAAGGAGGAUAUAUCUAGUGUUUCUCGAGCAAGAGCCUUCUUAUGGCUAAUGUGGUUCUAUCUGGAAUCCGACUUUACCGAAGAGGGAGCAGACGAGAAUCCAUUUGGGCCGGGUGUUGACUACGACGUUGAUGUCAGGAAUCAGGGCGUGCCGAGAUUCGAGUACUUGACUGCGGAGCAGGAAGCCCUGGAAAAUGUGGACACGGCAGAAGAAAAGGAGUAUGGAUAUGCCAAGAUGAGAGAGAGAAAGAGAAUCAUCGAAGCAGAUCAGGCAGCCUUUCAAGCAGAACAUGGCCCACCAAAGAGAGGUCCUAAGCCAAAGCUUCACCUACCUCCAGAUGAUGGCGGUCCAAGCCCAGCUGCUAUUUUGGGUCGAAUUCGCCCAAAGUACGAAGAUAUUGUUGGUAGUCCCGCGGCAUUGAUUGGCCGUAUUCGACCAAAGUACGAGUCAGAUAUUGAUAGCACUCGUUCUACACCACCACCUCGAUCUCUUGGUGGCAUACGAAUUGCGAGUGCUCUCAACACUGGUAAGGGUCGAGGAUCUCUGAAGCACCAGAUGGUUGAAGGCUCAUCGCCUGUCGCUCAUCAAGGAGAGACUAUCAUGAGACGUUCCCGACCACUUACUGCCCAUCAAUUAGCGGUGGAACGCAACCGAAAUCAACGAGUCGAUUAUAUCCUGAGUCGUGGAUUGCGGAAGAAGCACCAUCAUGCCAGAAAGCAGCGCAAGCAAGAGGGUGCCUUUUGGCGUGCAUUGCAAAGGACGAAGCAAAUGGCAGAUCCAUUUGAUGAUAGCGAAGGAGACGGUGACCUGCUUCAUGCGCCUCCGCCUUUCAAGGCUAGAGGGUUUGGAGGUCUUGUUCAAUUAGAGUCGGAGGAAGAUGAUUUUGGCGAAGAGAUGUCUGCUUAUGCUGCUGCAUUCCGUCGCAUGGGUAGAAGACUAGAUCGCUGGGAUGGUCAGAAAGAUCUGAAUCUUGGCGUCAUGGGCACAAAUCGAGUCUCGCAGGUCAAGCCGGCUGCUGUAAACGGUCACGAUACUGUCAGAGACGCUGAUGAGACCGAGGAUGAGAGACCCCCCGAGGAGGAAAUUAAAUCCAGAGCCAAGGGAGAUACUCAUCUGGCGGACGAAGAGGACCUUGACGAUAUGGAGAAAGAGAUCUUGGGCCUUGGUAGCGAGGUCGAGGUUGAGGAAGACGGAGAAGAGGAUUUGGAUGAUGUCGAGAAGCAAUUGUUGGGCUUGGGUGGUGACGGUGAUGAGACUGAGGAAGAAGUCAGUGAGGGGAUGGAUGUCGAUUAGCAGAUUCUCAAGUGACUAACAUUGUUUGCGAGGUUUCGCUUGGAACACAUUCAUCAUCAUCGAUAGAUUUUGGCGUUGCUUGGCUGGAGAUGGCACUGUACAAAUAGGCGUUGACAUUAGAGCAAAAGUACUGACGCAUAAAUUAGAAUCUUGGCCUUUCACAAGUCAAGUUGACUUUGGUGGCGUGCAUUCGAAAGUAAGGGGGGGUUGCUUUGGUCUUGGUGAAGUUCGGUUACAGUUCACACGGGCUUCAUAGACCACCGUCUGUCUUUGCGACUCUAUUCGACUUCCAGCUACCUUUUUCUCCAGCGCACUCUUGCCUUGCUGUUACAUAUCCGCAAAGGUGAAGUCAAUGCUAAACUUCCAGUACAGCUACUAAUCCAAGUCCACGCAAUCAG